AUGGCCUCGACCGUCAUAGUCGGCGGAGGCAUCAUUGGCCUCUCAACAGCAUACUACCUAUCGCAGCACCAGCCCGGAUCAAGCAUCCACGUCGUCGACUCAUCGCCCGAACUAUUCGCUUCCGCAUCUGGCUAUGCAGGUGGCUUUCUCGCCAAAAGCAAUUGGUUCUACUUUGAUCCCAGCGUAUCAGCCCUGGCAACUCUCAGUUUCGAUGAGCACCAAAAACUAGCAGAGCAGGAAGGUGGACGAGAAAAUUGGGAGUACACCAAGACGACAAGCCUGAGAUAUACUCGGACUGACACAAAAGCCCGCAGUGAGGAUGGUGCUAAGGACUGGAUGGAAAAGGGAGUCGUGCCAUCAGGAACGCUGGACAACAAGGUGACGAAACAGACUGCGAUUUUGGAUCCUCUGAAACUCUGCCAAUUCCUCUUGCACAAGUGCAAGCGAGAAGGCGUCCAGGUCCAUCAUCCAGCUACUGUUCUCUCCAUUGGAACCGAUGUUCAAGACGAACUUUCGUGCGUUUGCAUCGGAUACACUAAUUCGUCUACGGAAACAGAGAUUCCGACUACAAGAAUUCUCUUGUCAGCAGGCGCUUGGACACCACAAGUGUUCAAAUCACUCUUCAAAUCCUCCUCCAUCAAUAUACCAGUCUAUCCCAUGGCAGGUCACUCCCUCGUAGUGAAAAAGCCCAAUGUUCCGAAUGAUACUAACCACAUCGUCUUUGCAACCUUGGCCGACGGGUCAUCUCCCGAAUUUGGCUCCCGGUCAGGCGGUGUGGUAUACUUUGCUGGCGUCAACUCGAUGAGCAUCCCCUUACCGCCGUUGGCCACUGGUUCAAAGAGAGAAGACGAGUCACUCACACAAUUGAAACAGAUGGCAAAGGCGCUUGUAAGCAGCGACGAAGAGCUACAGACUAUGAGGACAGGACUGUGCUUUCGACCUGUUACGGAGAGGGGGACGCCAUAUAUUGGAAGGUUGACAGACGAACAGAUUGGCAUCAAGACAAGGACUGGUGAGGAGGGUGGUGUCUUUAUUGCGGUUGGUCAUGGGCCCUGGGGCAUCUUGAUGAGCUUGGGUACGGGGCGUGUGAUGGCGGAGAUGAUGGCGGGCAAGGAAACAAGUGUAGAUGUAAGUGGACUUGCCUUGUGA